AUGGGUAGCAGACGUCAUAAGAAUAAGCAAGGUGCUCCACCUACUUUAGAUGAAUUUCAAGCUAAGAAGGACAAGAAACUAAAUAAGAUUAAACAAAAAUCUAAAAGAGCCACUCCAAUUGAAGAUAAACGUGAAAAAGUAUCUGUAAAGAAACAGAAGAAGAACCACAAAGAAGUUGUCAAGACUACUGAAUCCGAUGAAGUUGCUGGUGAAGAACAAUCAGAAGAGGAGUUAUCUAAGGAAACAAAGACACUUUUUGAUGAUAGCGAUGAUGAUGAAGAAGCUAAUCCAGAAGAUUUAAAAGAUGAGUUUGAUUUAGAACAAGAGUAUGAUUAUGAAGAAGAUGCUGAACAACCAACGACUGCCAUGUUCUCUGACGAUGACGACGAGGGUGAUUUAGAAGAUUUAAAUGCUGAAAAUAUGGAAGCUUUCUCUAAACAGUUAGAUGAAGAGGAAGCUGAAGAGGCUGAGGAAGCCGAAAGAGAAUUAGUAGAGACUGAUAUUAUGCAACCAAGAGCAGAUGUUCUUCCUUCAGAAAGGGAAUUGGAAUUAAUGGCCGAUCAACCUCCAAACCUAACAGCAGUCAGAACCAGAAUCCUUGAAAUUGUGAAAGUUUUAGAAGAUUUCAGAAACUUAGCUGCUGAAGGUAGAUCAAGAACAGAAUAUGUAGAUAGAUUAUUGCUAGAUAUUUGCGAUUAUUUUGGUUAUUCACCAUUCCUAGCAGAAAAAUUAUUCAAUUUAUUUUCUCCUGCCGAAGCAUUAGAAUUUUUUGAAGCUAAUGAAAUUGCAAGACCAAUCACAAUAAGAACUAAUACACUAAGAACAAGAAGAAGAGAUUUAGCCCAGGCCUUGGUUAACAAGGGUGUUAAUUUACAACCAAUCGGUACUUGGACAAAGGUUGGUUUACAAAUUUUUGACUCUCAGGUUCCAAUUGGUGCUACUUCUGAAUAUUUGGCUGGUCAAUAUAUUUUACAAGCUGCUUCUUCCUUCUUACCCGUUGUUGCUUUAGACCCUCAAUUAAACGAACGUGUUUUAGAUAUGGCUGCUGCUCCAGGUGGUAAAACAACAUAUAUAUCUGCAUUAAUGAAGAAUACUGGUUGUGUUUUUGCUAAUGACGCUAACAAAGCUAGAACCAAAUCUUUAAUUGCCAACAUUCAUCGUCUAGGCUGUACUAAUACAAUUGUUUGUAAUUAUGAUGCACGUGAAUUCCCUAAGGUAAUUGGUGGUUUUGACAGAAUUUUAUUGGAUGCCCCAUGCUCUGGUACAGGUGUUAUUGGUAAGGAUCAAUCUGUUAAAGUUUCAAGAACUGAAAAAGAUUUCAUUCAAAUUCCACAUUUACAAAAACAAUUAUUGCUUUCAGCUAUUGAUUCAGUGGAUGCUAACUCAAAGACUGGUGGUUUUAUAGUAUAUUCAACCUGUUCUGUUGCUGUCGAAGAAGAUGAAGCAGUUGUAGACUAUGCUUUAAGAAAGAGACCUAAUGUCAGACUAGUCGACACAGGUUUAGCUAUCGGUAAAGAAGGUUUCACAAGCUUUAGAGGUAAGAAGUUUCAUCCAAGUGUAAAAUUAACUAGAAGAUAUUAUCCACAUACUUACAAUGUUGACGGUUUCUAUGUCGCUAAAUUCCAAAAGAUUGCUCCAUCUCGUCAUGACGAUAAUCAAGCAAGUGCUAGAGAGAAGGAAGCGGCUGCUAGAGAUGAAGCACUUGAAGAAGGUAUUAUCAAGGAUGAUUUUGCUGAAUUUGAUGACCAAGAAGAUAAACAAUAUAUUGAAAAAUCUAAAAAAACUAUUUUACAAAAGAAAGGUUUAAAUCCAAAAGGUAAAAAAUAG